UGUUUCUACGUGGCAGUAUGUUAAGAGGAUUUAAAUUUGUAAAAUAAUAACAUUUUCAUUUGCUAAAUUGUAGGAAGACGCCGAGUCAAAUGUCUGUGUCAAUACUUAAAUUUAUUUCAUACAGUAGUCUAAUCAUGUUUACUCCUUUUAAUUUAACUACUUUAGUUAAUAGGAGUAAAUUAGUAAAGGAUUAAAAUUAUGAUGGCUGCCUCCAUGCGUCUGAAUACGAGAAGUUUGUCGAGAUUGAAAUUAUAUUUAAAACGUAAUAAAUUCUCCGGAAUUUUAAGAUUUUUGACUACGGAGUCUCGCGAAGAUACGGAAUCCGAAUGGGACAUGGUCAUUUCGGGAGGAGGUUUAGUGGGAUGUGCCAUGGCCUGUUCCAUAGGACACGAAAAAAUGUUUUCGGAGAAGAAAACUCUGCUGUUAGAAAGCUCUCCGCCUCUUACAUUUGCUUCACUCACCGAAAAAUACAGCAAUAGAGUCUUUGCACUGACUCCAGGAACUAGAAGUCUGUUUGAAAGAUUUAAUGCUUGGGAAAUCAUCAAAAAUUUAAGAUACAAAGAAGUCAAGAGAUUGCAGGUUUGGGAAAAUUGUUCGGAUGCUGCUAUUGCAUUCCAACACCCGGAAUUUCGGUUGGACGUCGCUUACGUCGUGGAAAAUGACGUCAUUCUUCGGGCCCUCCACGAGAAAAUGAAAGAUGCCAAAAACUCGCUAACGGUUUUCAACAACACGAAAGUGACGAAGAUCGAAUCGCCCAGAGUGGGUGCCACGAACUGGGAGGAAGACUGGGUGAAGUUGGAACUGGAAGACGGAAGAAAAAUAAAGACAAAGUUGCUAAUUGGUGCCGAUGGAGUAAAUUCGUUUGUUCGCAAUGCAAUGAACAUCAAGUACAUUAAAUGGAAUUAUAAUCAGAGAGCCAUCGUCGCAACUCUGAAACUUUCGGAGCCUUGCGAAAAUAACGUGGCGUGGCAGAGAUUCCUAUCCACCGGCCCCGUCGCUCUACUUCCCUUGACCGACACACACUCCUCGCUCGUAUGGUCGGCAACGUCUCCGAUGGCUCACAAACUUAUGAAGACAUCCGACGAGGAAUUUGUAAAUGAACUGAAUAUGAAACUGUGGGACGAAAGCGAAAAAAACCGAACGGUGGAAUCCGUGUUGUCUUUCGUAAACGGUGCCAUGUCUACAUUCUGCCCGGCAAAGGGAAAUUUACGCCAGCUUCCACCAAGCAUCGCCGAAGUGGAAGAAGGUAGUCGCGCCUGCUUUCCUCUUGGUUUCGGUCACGCGUCCGAGUACGCUGUCCCAAGGAUAGUUCUAAUAGGAGAUGCAGCGCACAGAAUACACCCGUUGGCCGGACAGGGCGUGAAUCUGGGAUUCGGCGACGUUCGGUGUCUGACCGAAGUACUCUCAGAGUGCAUUUCCGUCGGUGGAGAUAUAGGUUGCCUAAGCACCUUACAGGAGUAUGAACGUCUGAGGCAGAGACACAUAAUGCCAACGAUGGCGGCUAUCGAAGGGCUACAUCGAUUAUAUUCUACGAAUCUUAUGCCCGUAGUGUUGCUACGGAGUGUGGGACUCUUAUUAACCGACGGGCUGGGGCCCAUCAAAGAAAGAAUAAUUGCUCACGCAUCACUGUAGAUAUUUUAGUUGUCUACCAAGAAUAAGAUACAAAAAGAAUUUUGUACGAAGUUUGUUUUUAUAAAUAUAUUUAUGUAUUAUUCAAAAUACAUUUUGUUUUACAGUUUGCAAGAAAUAACAUUGUUAUAUCCUUCUGAAAAAAUUGAGACAGCACUGUCAAAAUGUUUAAUGUCUCUGUGGAGGAAACCAACAUCGUGUAUACUUUCUAUAGCUCUUAGGAUCUGUAGUCCUAAACGCAAUGUAGUGCUUAAGCUGAAGGCACCACGAGGCUGGCUUCGUCGCAGUUCUGCCA